CAAAGAAGCCAAUAGAUUCUCUCUCUCUCUCUCUUUGUUCACUUUUCUUUCCUCAAACUUUGCUGCAUUUCCUUACUUUCUCUCUCUUAAAUCAGAAACAAACCUGUCCUUCUAUUGCUAUAAAAGUGAACUCCAUUUUCCCUCAGAUCUCCUCCACACCAAACCUCUCUCUCUCUUUCCCUCUCUCCUCAUUUCAAAGAAUCAAGAAUAAGCAAAGAACAAGACCAGAAAAAAUGGAGGUUUCGACGAGAAAGCCUUAUUUCAUAGAAGAAGAAGACGAUGGAUUAGCUUCUCUAGCUGAGAUGGAAGCUGGGGUUUCGAGUCCUUGUUAUUACAAAAACAUGACGAAGAUGAAUCAGUACCAUCCUCAGAGCUAUUAUUACCAUAAGUACUCUGUUUCAUCACCCAGAUCUGUUGUUGUCCCUGGAAAAUUCCACGAUUUUAGACUCGACAAUAGCUGUUACGGACAAUCACUUCCUCAUUUCUUGGACUCUUGUUUCCUCUGCAAGAAGCGUCUUGGUAAUAACAGAGACAUCUUCAUGUACAGAGGAGACACACCGUUCUGUAGCGAAGAGUGUAGAGAAGAACAGAUAAAGAGAGACGAAGCAAAGGAGAAGAAACAGAAUCUGUCUUCUUCUGUGAAAGCUAUGAGAAGAAAUGAGAAACGAAGCUCUUCUUCUUCUCCUACUAGAUCUCGUGACUAUGCUUUCCAUACUGGAACUGUUGCUGCUGCUUAAUUCGAUUCCUCUUUAAUUAAUAUUGGAAAAAACCAAAAAAAAGAAAGAAGAGAAUCCUUUAAAGCCAAUUUGCUGUAAAAACUGGUUAAUUUUGAAUUUGAAAACUCUGGGAAACAAAAAAAAAAAAUGGUAAAAGGAAAAUUAAAAGUCGAAGAAAUCUCUCUUUUUCAAGGGUUUGUCCUUUCUUUUGUUAUAUUUUUUUUUCGUUUUUCCUAGCUUUACUUUACAUAAAGAAAAAAAGAACAUCAAUUCUGGGAGUACAAGAAAACUAUGGCCUAUGCGAUUGCGAAUUGGAAAAAUGUUUUUUUAUUAAAUAUGUGAAGAAUAAAAAAAAUAUGUAAUAUGAACAUCAUCAGCCUGGCUCAGGCUGUUCUUUUUAUUUUUGAAAUGAUGGGAUUGUAAUGAAAAA